AUUUAAUGCUUCUGGCUCGCAGCGAGGUCCACUUCCUUGUAUAUAAAGCGGGGGGAAGGCGUCCUCGUUUUCGAGUGGGGGGAUCUCCCGCAGGAAUCCGGAACGCCAGAGAGCCAUUUUGCCAUCGACUGUAGGUUUCCCUUCAGGGAUCGUCUUGUUUCGGUUGGAGAGAUUCCGGCUUGUCCAUUGCCACAUAAAGCCGAUGGCCGACGGAGAGGUGCCCCGGACGGGAUUCAGCCUGCAGUUGCAAGCCGCGUUGGAGAAGUGGAUGCAGCCGGGAUUCAAAAGGCAGGAUCUGGGCCGAGCGGCUUCCAAAUCGGGCGAGGAGUUAGGAGGCGACCGGAAGAGCUGCAGAGGGCUGGAGGGAACGGAGCAACUGGUAAAACAGGAGCCGGACCUGCUCUCUCAGCAGUGGGAAGCCCAGUGGCAGGAAUUUUUGAAGAUGUCUGAAUCCCAGCAGCCCUGGGGGGUUGUCUCCCUGGUCCAGGAGGAGCCCUCCCCUUGGGAUGAUGCCAAGGCCUUCCUGGCUUCCUUCGAGCAGGUGGCCGAGGCCUGCCAGUGGCCCAGAGAGGAGUGGGCAUCCCGGCUGCUGCCCGCCCUCCGAGGAGAAGCCGAGCGAGCGUAUUGCAAUCUGGGAAGCUCCGAGCGAGAGGAUUAUGGGAAAGUGAAGGCGGCCAUUUUGCACAGGGACGCCCUGGGCCGUGAGAAGCUGCGCCAGCACUUUCGACGCUUCUGCUACCAGGAGGCGGAGGGGCCGCGGGGGGCGUAUAGCCGGCUGCAGGCGCUUUGCCAUCAAUGGCUGAAAGUGGAGCAUCACUCCAAGGAGCAGAUCCUGGAGUUGUUGAUCCUGGAGCAAUUUUUGGCCAUCUUGCCGCCCGAGAUCCAGAGCUGGGUCCGUGGAAACAGCCCCGAGACCUGCAUUCAGGCGGUAUCCCUGGCCGAGGACUUUCUGCAAAUGCAAGAGGAAGGGCAUCAGCAUCAGGAGCAGGAGGUGCUCAAGGAAGUGAGGGAUGCUGCAGAGGAUUGUGGGAAGGGACCACUGUUCAGGGAGGCUAAUCAUGAGGGGAACUCUGGAGAUGCCGGUGAAGGGAGUAGAGGCGUUGACAAAAUAGAGAAAUAUGGGCUGGAGAAUUCUGAGCCCAAAACAUCGCACGAGAUGCUCGGCGGGAGAACGGAAGAGCAGGUGGCUCAAUUCGUGGAGCAGGACAACCUUUCGCAAAGCCAAGAGAGACUAAUUUGGCCACAGAAGUUCCUUUCCAAGGAGGUGGGCGAUAGUGCCGUCCCUUGUCGAGGAAGUUACAGGGAGCUCAGCCAGUCCAGAAUGCCCAUGGUUAAGAAGUACGGCACCUCCAGCGUCAUUGCAAGGAGUUUCUACCAUAAAUCAAACUUCGCUAAACAAAAAAAAAUCCACCCGGGAGAAAAAACGUACAGCUGUUUGAAUUGCGGGCGGAGAUUCAGCCGUAGGUCGAAUCUGAAACGCCACGAGGGCAUCCACACGGGGGAGAGGCCCCACGAGUGCUUGGAGUGUGGGAAGAAGUUCACUCGGAAGUCCUACCUCCUUAAACACAGCACCGUUCACAUGUACGGAGGAGCGACAUAGCGGUUGGCGAGAAACGACGGGUGGAUAGAAACUUGGUACUUGCGGGAAAACGAGUCGAAAAAAGGGGGAUUUUGAUUCUCCUUCAGAUCUUUAUGGUUCUCAGGGAGUAUCUGUUGCCGGCUUACGUUGGGAAUCCCGGGAAAUAUUAAAACCUUGGGGAGAAUGUUAAUCUAGGAUACACAAUAUGGAGGAUUCCUCCAGAGUGUCAUAAAGUUUGAGGGGAGGAGCUCAUAAUGCACGAGAGAAGGAGGGAAGAGAUCGCACGAAUCUUGAUGAAUUACAGCAUCCUGUAACUCAGUGGUUCUCAACCUUUAUAGUGCUGUGACCCCUUUAAUACAAUUCCCCACGAAGUGGCGACCCCAACCGUAAAAUUAUUUUCGUUUUGAAUUGAUCGCGCCUGAAGCCAUAUUGGCUAGCGAUCUGAACUGCUUGCGAUUGCCUUGAGGACGGAGGCAUUAAAGCGGAGACUCCUCCCCUAUUAAGUUUAUCGUGCCUGAAGCCAAAUUAGGCUAGCGAUUGGGAGUGAUUGCAGCUGGCUUGAGAGGGAGACAUCAGAGCAAAGAUUUCUCUCUUUUUUAAUUCAUCGCGCUGAAUUCGGCUAGCCAUUUGAAGAGCCUGCAGCUGGCUUGUGGAGUCAACCAUUGGAGUGCGAUUCUUCGACUCACAAGUAUACUUCCCAUAUUUCCGAUGGUCUUAGGUGACCCCUGGCAAAUCGUCAUUCGAUCCUCAACGGGGUCGCGACCCACAGGUUGAGAACCGCUGCUGUAACUCGCUUCCAAGACAAUGAUUAUUUGGGAUAUUGUUAUUUGGGCUAUUUCGUCUGUGAAAACAAAAGUGAAGACGUAUGUGCCGAAGUUUAAAUCUAUUUGGAAGGCUGAAAUCUUUCUCUAGAACAGCACCGAAGAUCUGAAAUAUAACUAUGAGGCAGUAUACACUUUGAAUUCCGUCAGCACAUAAUUUCCACGUGGAACAGCCGCCAGACAGAGAGGAGGGAAGCUGUUCCAUGGAGAAUUAGAAGCACUCCAGCAUCAAAUCUGAGGGAUCCAAAUUCACUCGUAUUAAUCUGAGCAGAUGGGUUACUUCCAAGAUGGCGUCAAAAUGGGCAGCCCGCAGGCCGGAUGCGUCACUCCGCAGAGGCAAAAAACAUCACAAUACGCCACGUGACGCGAUCGAGUUUUGACACCUGUGAUAUAAGGAAUGAGACUCUCCUCCCCCCAAAUUGCCAUUUUACCCUUACAGUUUUUCCUUGGUGGUUUGGUCUGUUUCAAUAUUCCUGAACCUUGGCACCUUUUAAGAUGUGUUGGAAUCCCAGAAUUUUUGGGAGUGGAAGUCCACACAUCUUAAAGGUGCCGACGUUCAGAACUUCUAGUGUCAUUUGAUUCAAUUGACAUGGUCGUCUUCCUUUCCCUCAAGUGAGUGGUUAAUAGCAGCUUUGCUGGCUGGGGGAUUCUGGGAGUUGAAGUCCGCCAGGCUUAAAGUUGCCAAGGUUGGAGACCCCUGGUUUAUAGUAUUAAAAACACAAGAUUAUGCAAAAAAAUAAAAUAAAAAUCCAGGACAAAGGAAAACGUGACAGAAGAAAACUCAUUGAAACUUCUGUGACGCAGGUAGUAUAUUUAUGCAUCCGGACAGCUCGAGGGCCGUUCUGCUCAAUUUGUGAGGGAUGAACCAGGUUUUUGGGGCCCUUCUAGAGGCUGGCAGAGCUGGGAUCAUGUGGUUCUCGAAAUGAAGAUGCUAAUUUGGGGAAAUGCUCCUUCGCAGAAGGGCCUUCCUUGAAGAAGAUAAUCCAACUAGAACUUUUGAGGAAUGGUGGUUCUUCGUCCCUAUAUGUUUGGGGAUCUCCUUAUUUGGGACGCUGCGGAACGCUCAGCUGGGUCUCUGUGGACCAAGUCAUAAUCUGUCCAACUCUUAAUUCUCAGUCCAUCACCUCUGCCCACUUUCCACUAUUCCUGCCAGCCCAAUUAGAGCCAGUGUUUCUCACCCUGGCUUCUUUUUAAGAUGGGUGGACUUCAACUCCUCGAAUUCCCCUCCCAGUGCGGUUGACUGGGGAAUCCUGGGAACGGAAGUCCACGCAUUUUGAAGUGGCUAAGCCUGAGAAACACUGGUUUAGAGAAAAAGCUCCCAGCUAGCCUCUGUUUUUCUCCAUCUCUCUGUUCAGAACCUGCUAGAUGUAAUCCACGUUUCUCUUUUUCCCCCCUCAUGCACACAUAUUAAAAUAAAAGCUUGCAGUCUAAUUGUAGUCUGUUUUGAGUAAUUAUCACCCCUCUUUAGAGAAGUUAUUCCCCUUUUCUUUGCUGGAAAUAAAUCUGGACAGGCAGUACACCUUCUGAGGAUUUUUUUUUUGGUUCCUGGUGGGGGUUUACCUAAAGGUGUGAAAACGAAGGUGCAGAAUUACUAGGGCGAAGUCUUUUUGAGCUUGUCUUCUGCUCCCAAAGCUACUGCAGGUCCCUUUAAACUCUUGAAAAGACAAAGUGAAUGCAAAAAUGUCUUUAGUGGGUUUGGGAUGAAUAAAGUUCUCUAAACAAUCAUGCCAAUUUCCCCCCCCACUUAAAUUAAUCGCUUGCUGUCAAGAUUGCCUGUUCUAGUGGAUCUUCCAGUUUAACCAGAAGACUUAACGUAUUUUUCGGAGCAUAA